ACCCUAGUCUUUGCGGAGAGAGAUUCAGCUGCGUUGGGCAAAAUCCCAGACGAAGAACAGUGAUUAUUAGUCUAUUGAUAUUUUGAGCCAUGGCAACUGGUAAAACUGUGAAAGACGUCUCUCCUCAUGACUUCGUCAAGGCUUAUGCUUCUCAUCUCAAGCGAUCUGGCAAGAUCGAGCUUCCCACAUGGACAGACAUUGUGAAGACCGGAAAGUUGAAGGAGCUUGCACCAUAUGAUCCUGAUUGGUACUACAUCAGAGCUGCAUCUAUGGCUAGGAAGGUUUACCUUAGGGGAGGACUUGGUGUUGGUGCUUUCCGUAGAAUCUAUGGUGGCAGCAAGAGGAACGGUAGUCGCCCACCUCACUUUUGCAAAAGCAGCGGAGGCAUUGCCCGUCACAUCCUCCAGCAGUUGGAGACAAUGAACAUUGUUGAGCUCGACACCAAAGGAGGAAGAAGAAUCACUUCCAGUGGCCAACGGGAUUUGGACCAGGUUGCUGGCCGUAUUGCAGUUGAACCUUGAAGAUCUUAAUGUUCUUUUUUGUUCUUCUUCUACUUUUGAAUCCAUUGUGCUUUUAGUCUUUAUCUUUACUUUUAAGAAAUGUUACCAUUUCAU